ACAAGAAAACCAAAACCCAAUUUUGUUACCUUUUUCCUCAAUCCUAAAGUCAAAAGCUCCAUUUUUCUUUUUGGGUUUUUGAUUAUCUUCAAUCGGAAUUUCAGGUGGAGAUAUGGGUUCUGAAGGACCAAAAGCAAUAACGAUUCAUGUGACUGGUUUCAAGAAAUUUCUUGGGGUUUCUGAGAAUCCUACUGAGAAAAUAGCUACUAAUUUGAAAUCGUAUGUGGAGAAACGAGGUUUGCCUUCUGGAUUGAGUCUUGGUAGCUGUAGUGUUCUUGAUACUGCAGGGGAUGGUGCAAAAUCUAAGCUUUAUGAGGUUUUGGAGGCUAGUGUUGUGUCUGGAGAUAAGAACAACAAUGGAACUGUUGUCUGGCUUCAUCUCGGGGUGAAUAGUGGAGCGACAAAAUUCGCCAUUGAAAGACAGGCAGUGAACGAAGCUCAUUUCCGUUGUCCUGAUGAAUUGGGCUGGCAACCACAGCGGCUUCCCAUAGUUGUUGAAGAUGGUAGCAUUUCAAAGGCAAAAGAGACUUCAUGCUCGACGGAGUCCAUUUUCCAGUUAUUAAAGAAGAAAGGCUUCGAGGUUGUUCAAUCAGACGAUGCUGGACGUUUUGUAUGCAACUAUGUGUACUAUCACUCUCUAAGAUUCGCAGAGCAAAAGGGACACAAGUCUCUGUUCGUUCACGUUCCUCUCUUCUCCAAAAUCAAUGAAGAUACUCAAAUGCAGUUCGUGGCAUCUCUCUUGGAGGCAAUUGCAGCUACUUGCUAGUGUUUAUAAUCCACUAAAGCCAAAUAUUGUAAGUAUACUAUGUAUAUGAUGAUCCAUUUGUCUUUCUUCGAAGCUCUUUGUGUUCUUUUGUUGGAAGGCUUGGGGAUAUAAAAUGACGAUUGCUUUUGGCUCUCAAAGAUCCUUUGUGAUUGUCUCUGUAAUGAAAAGAAGUCUCUUUA